CGAGAAUGACGGGAAAUGAGGCGUUAAACCCGGGGAAAGACGGGAAGGUUUGUUGACAGAGAGGGACGCACCGGAGCGGGCAGAAGUGCUGAGGCGAGUUGUGGGGACGAGGAGGAGGAGCAGCGCUGCGCUGCCAUGGGGGCCUUACUUUCCCGCUGGAGGAGUAAACCGUCGACGGUGGAAGUCCUCGAAGGCAUCGACAAGGACAUCCAGCAUCUCGAGGAGUUCAGGGUGAAGAACCAGAGGUUACUGAAGCUUUGGGUCGGACGGCUGCUCCUCUACUCAGCUCUGCUGUACCUGCUCACCUGUGCAGUAGUUUACUUGUGGUACCUUCCUGAUCGGUGGAGUGGCUGGCUAAUCCUGGCCCUGCCCUUCUUCCUCUUCCCCAUACUGGUUUGGUUUAUGAGGAAGUUACUGAUUUACCUUUUUUCAAAGCGAACAGAAAAAAAUAAUGAAAAACUAGAAGAUCUAAAAUCUCAGAAAAGAAAAAUACUUGAAGAGGUGAUGGAGACAGAAACAUAUAAAAACGCUAAGCUGAUCCUCGAGAGGUUUGAUUCAGAGUCUAAAAUCAAAAUGGCCCUUGAGUCCACACCAGCUGGGCCCCAGGUGAUGCCCAGACCAGGCCAAGAAGUUCGGCAGCGCAACGUGGUUCCCAAGGAUGCGGUCUCGGAACCCCCCAUCAGUGGCCCCCAAACCCCAACUAGCUCUGCUACACCAGUCUCAGCCCCAGGUGGCCCCCCUGAGAAGGGUACACCUGUUGUAGCAGGUCACCAAGGCCUAGCCAGGAGACCCAUGAGUCCUGGUUCCUCCGUCCCAGGUGUAGGGAUGCACCCUCCUGGACCCCCUCUGGCCAGGCCUGUCCUUCCCCGGGAGAGGGGGGCCUUCGACAGGGUGAUUGAGUAUCUGGUGGGAGAUGGGCCUCAGAACAGAUAUGCUCUGAUAUGCCAGCAGUGUCUGUCCCACAACGGCAUGGCUCUCAAGGAGGAGUUUGAAUAUGUGGCCUUCCGGUGUGCGUACUGCUACUUCCUGAACCCAGCGAGGAAGACCAGACCUCAGGCCCCUCGGCCAGCAGAGUCACUCAUGCCUGCGACCCCCCAGGCGGACAGCGCUGCCCCUACUGCAGGUGUGACAGCGCAGGAGGUCACGCCAUCCCCCAGACACGAGACCCCGUCCCAGAGACCACAGGCUGCUGAGGGCCUAACUGUGGCAGAGGAGGAGCAUGACAUCGCUGCAGAGACAAGUCCCAUGGAGGUCCAGUAGAGGCGGAGAAAGACUGCAGUGCUACAUGUAACUCUUCCCAUGAUGCUCCACGUGCGUUUUCCUCCUCCUGGCGAUUUAUGAAUGUAGAGCAACCAAGAGCUCCACUCAUGACUCUGUUUAAAUGGUUUUUUUUUUUUUUAAAUUUUUUUAUUUUUGAAAAAAGCAUCUACUUUGUGUGUGCUGAAUGUUCCAGGGGUUUCACACAGCCUGCAGGAGAUGAAUGGGGAGGACCUGAAGAAGACCAUCUGUGCUGUGCUCAUGCUCAUGGACGGUGGGCGGUUGGGGGGUUCUUGGACUCUAGUGCUCGGUUCUCUGCCCCUGUGGGAGUUGAGAACUGGUGAAGUGCAGAGCUUCGCUUUUAUUUUCUCUCAUGGUGUGGUUACAUGAUGGGCUGGGGGUGGGGACAGGAAAAGUCUCUCUUUUCCUUUGUAGCUAUUGCUCUCUGAACUGCUGCCUUUUACAGAUGUGUUGCCACUUCACUGGCGCCGCUUGUGUUUACAGUGACGUGGGAAGGGUUGAAAUGUUGCAAAUAUUUUUAUUUAUUUAUGCUAGAAAUACAAUUAAAAAUAGCCCGUGUUUGUGUUUCAAUACUUAAUAAAUAAUUUUCAUGUUCUGGCUGCUCGCUUCCUUUCAUCGGCCACUGUUCUACUACAUGCAACAGGAGCUGGGAUCCAAACCCAUGUACUUGGGUUGCAGGUGAAUGCGCUAAGCAGUGCACCACAGCAGUGCAGUCAUACCAUCAACCUGCGGCUCCUGUUGCACAGCUGCAGGGGGCGCCAGUGAGGGCAAGGUGUGUGAAACUUGCUGUCUCUGUGGAUGUGUGUGUCCAUGUGGGAUGGGAACAGAAUCAAUGCAAGCAAUGCAGCUCAGCCACACCACCAUCGACUACCCCUUCGUCUGUAAGAACAUUUCCACGGUUGUUAUUAAUCAUUGACCUGAUCCUGUUGUGGGACUAUUCACUCUCUCUUUCUCCUUCUCUCUCUCUCACACACACACGGAGGGGUUUAGGUGGUUCAACUUUGUCCACCUGUCUCGCCUCUGACCACGGACUGUCAAUGACUACGAGGGGGGUUGGUGCCCAUCAGCCAGCGUGUAAGGAUUGCUUGAGGUGCAAGUCCUUGAGGAAAAAGGACUGUCCGCAGACCAAGAGCAGCGUUCCCUUUGGUACUGGCCGAUACCUCCCUCCAUGAAGGUGGUCCAAAGAAUGUUCAUCAUGAACAGCUGCCAUGUGCCCUUCUUUACCCCGCUAGAGCCCGAAGCGCCGUGCUACAGAAUGUCCACAUGGAAGUUUGAGACUGGUAAAAAUUUAAGAAAAUGUGGCAGCUCUCCAGCCAACUGUAGAUGUGCUGUGGAGGAGGAUGUUGCACCGGACAUCGCAUCCCUUGGCAGUUUAGUGCCAGGGAGAUGCUCAGAAGAGGAGAGGUUAAGGUUAACUGAGCGGCAAAACAAAUGAUAUAGUGUACAGAAAGGGAGCAGAGGAAGCUUUCAGAAGAUCUACAAAGAAGUAGCUGGAUGAUGGAGAGCAAAUGUCUGUGUAUUUCUUCAAACUUGAAGAGUCAUGAACCAAGCUUAAUCAUGUUCUUCCAUUGAAUAUUAUAAUAUGGAUUUUUGUUGUCUUUUGUUGUAGCUGUUACUCCACUGUUUACAAAUCUAGCUUUAAUAAUGAUGACACAGCAGCCAAAUUUCUGUCAGUCGGGAUGGACAACUAACGUGUAACUCUCCCAUUACUGCAGCAGUAAUUUUGGACGCCCGUAAAAUAUCUAUAAGUCACCGAGGAAAGGGGAUCACAGCUCAGUUUUAUGAGCUCUUUCCUGAGUUAAUUGUGCCUCUUUUGUUCUGUUCUUUGUAUUUUUUUCAGGGAGUUUUGCUGAAACUGCACUUCCCACUAGUGCAACGCAACGUAUAGUUUAAUCUGUUAAUUAUUAAUACUUAAGCCAAAAAAAAUUCACUUUCAUUUAUAAGUGGAGACCUAUUAGCUUACUGAACAAUGAUUAUAACAUUCCAAAAGUUAAUUUCAUGUUUCACAAAAUUGCAGUGUGAUGCAACCAAUCUGAAACAAUAUUUGUGUUGAGCUUGAAGGUGUCUAUCAUAAUCACCAAAAAUUUUUCAGCAAGAAAAAUGUUUGUUGUCCAGUGAUCUCUGCUGUUAACUCCUAUAAGAACGGAGGCUUUGAUCUCUUAAACCUUUCUACUUAGAAUUUGACUUUUAAAAUUAAUUGGUUAAAACAAAUCCUAAGGAACAAAAUCUCCAUCUUGAAUUUCACUCCACAAUUUGUUUUUGAUCAAAUCAGUGGCUUUUCAUUCCUUCGGACAUGUAGAGACAAUGUGGACAAGCUACCUGUCAGUUUGUCAGCCUUUCGCAAAAAGGUUCUGUUGCCAUGGAAACGAAUCUACAAGCACAAAUUUCCCCACAUCGCUACUAUAUUUGGAAUAAUGGUAAUGUACUUCAUAUGAGUAUAAGGGUAAGAGUUAGAGUACCUUUUAAGGACUUGGUACGAUAGAAACAUCCUUUCGGUCGGCCAGUUGCAGAACUUGUAGGUUAAUCUUAUGAGUUACAUUGAGUUUGUAUCUAAUUGCGAGACUUCAUUGCUGCCUUUCCGGACCCCUGGACAUUACUACCCGGUAUUCACUAUUUACUAUUUACUUUCUAUUUAUUGUAGGGGGCGUGGUGGUGCAGUGGGUUUGGCCAG